AUGUCAUUUGGUAGCCCGUGGCAAGCUCAGCUGAUCCAAUUCCGGAAGAAAUCAGAGUAUAUCUGCCAUAUCCUUGGAUCUUGGGGUGCGGAGUAUUUUGUCUUGGAAACCAUCAAGACUCUGAAAAGGCUCUCGGAUGAGAAACAUGAGCUUUUCCUUCUCUGGACUCAUGACGAGAAGGAUCGCCUUGUGACUCUGCUAGGGAAGGAUGCGGAGCUCAAUCGGCUGGAGCAGGAGCGCUUCCAGCUCAAACUCUUGAUAUCUGACAAAGUCGCAGCUCUUCUAGCGUUCCUUGAUACCAGGGAUCCCAACAAAAGCAAAACGCUCAUUUUCGUGGAGCAACGUGUUGCAGCAAGCAUCCUGAGCACGAUUCUCAGCAAUCAUCCAUCUACAAGCGCACACUUCCAGAGCGCACCAUUUGUUGGUAUGUCUAAUGCUAGCAGUCGCAAGUACCGAUUACCCGAGCUUCUCGACCUAAAAGUCCAGUCUCAAGCCCUGGAGGGUUUUCGAUCCAGUGGAUAUAACAUUAUUGUUGCAACCAAUGCGCUUGAAGAAGGCAUAGACGUGCAAGCCUGCAACGUUGUCGUCUGCUUCGAUCUCCCUCAGAGUGUGAGGUCCUUCAUCCAACGCCGAGGGCGGGCGCGCGCUGGAAAAUCAGGAUUUGCACUUUUCUUUGAGAAAGGGGACUCCCAUGCAAGACUGGAGGAGUGGCGAGAGCUGGAGCGACAGCUAAAGUCGGCUUAUCAGGACCCUGCGCGCGAGAAAGGUAACGAUACUGCGCAGAUUCCAGAUCAAGAAUUCUGCCUACCUCGGCAGCCUGGUACAGAUCUGCGGCCAGCCUUUUCAUUUGUGCGAGUCGGCAAACAUGACGAGUUGGUCAGAGGAACAGUCACCCUACCAAAUGGAAUCGACGCGAGUAUUCGUGUCACCCACGGUGAAAGAGAUUGGGAAACGGAACGGGCAGCAGCAAUUGAUGCCGCGUUUCAAUGCUACAAGGCCUUGUAUGAAGCACGCCUUAUCAACGAAAACCUCCUCCCCGUUACCCAUGACAUCGACCUUGAGUUACCUCAGUUCGAACGGCUUGGUGCCGAGGUUGAAGUUGACCCAGAGUUCGAUCCCUGGAUCGGUGUUCGUGAAAGCUGGUCAACCACCUCUAUGCACUAUGUUGUUACCACGUUCCGAUUCUGCAGUGCUUCCGACGAGCAGCAAAUAUCCAUGGCUGUGGCCUUGCCGUGUCAGCCUCCUCCUCUACGCAACAUGCGUGCGUUUUGGGAUCCAGAUACUACUGUCGACAUCUCCUUUCGCGACAAGUGCAAGAGAGAUAUGAAAGUCAGCUCUGAGCUCGAUCUCAUGAGGCGGAUAACAUAUCUCAUCAGCCGCUCUACGCACUCCGACUUUUCCACUGAGGAGCGACUCGACUUUCUUGUACUUUUCUUACCACAUCUGGACCCAUCAGCUCUACCUACAUGGCUGAAGGACAAUAGUGGGAGGAUUUCUCUCCUAGACAGUCCGAUAGGGGCUCUUCACAGUCUGCGAUCCGGCUUCUUGAGGAGCUCUCAGCACGGUGGCCAGCCCGCGCUCUUCGUGGGCUGGAGUGCAGCACAGGCCGACGAUGGUGAUGCAGGAACAAAAGUUGAAGCCAUCCCACUUCUAAAACGGCGGAAUUUUGCUCACCCAAUCACUCUGAAGGCACAUUCUUCCAACGAAAGUAGUGCGACAGACGCCAAGUAUCGUCACACCACUCUAUAUGCUGCAGUCGAGUGCAUGAUCGACCGCCUUCCAGCUGAAAUUGCGCGGCUCAACCUACUCCUUCCAUUGAUCCUUCAGCAGCUUCAAGACAGCUGGACGGUCCGACUUCUACUGGAUACAGUCCUAGAAGGGAUCCCUUGCAAGAAUACUGAACUCUACCUCGCAGCUCUUACACCACCCUCGCUCCAAAUGAGAUGUAACUACGACGCCCUGGAGUUCCUCGGCGACUCUAUCUUCAAGCUCCUUAUCUCAGUCAAGCUAUACGAACAGCAUCAGAACUGGCCAGAGGGCUUCCUCACGCGGAAAAGGGCGUUGUUGGUCUCGAACGAAUAUCUAGCCUCGGCAGCAAAGGCUGUGGGCUUACCGCGUUUCAUACGUACACGCCAAAACUCUUGGAAGAAAUGGUGGCCAAUCUACAUGUCCGAUCUGGAUAGGGAGCCCAAAUCAACAAGGAGGGUCCGAACCAAGCUUCUCGCCGAUGUUGUAGAGGCUCUUGUCGGUGCCGCCUUUCUCGACGGAAGAUUCGAGCUCUCACGGCUGUGCAUUUCAAAGCUUGUCCCAAUGAUUGACUUGCCGUCGCCUGAGUUUGAGAUUCGACCACCUGACAACUGGCAGGAACCAGCUGUAGGAGAGGUUGAGGAGGUUGUGGGCUACAAGUUUCGCCACCCGUUGUUGUUGAUAGAAGCUCUAACUCACCCAUCUUUCGAGGGCGACCAUCUCGUGCAGUCUUAUCAACGGCUGGAGUUCCUCGGAGACGCCGUUCUAGAUGCGAUCAUGGCUUGUCAUCUGAUGCAAGGCAACCGCAAAUGGUCAUCUGGAGAUAUGACUCGCAUCAAAGCCGCGAUGGCAAAUGGGAACCUUCUGGGGUUCUUUUGCCUCAACUUUGCGCACUCGAGCCAAUCAAAGAGUGUGCAACAGAAUUCGCUGAACAAGUUCCAAGUGAUCGAAGAAGUACGGUUGCUACAUCUGUGGCAGUUGAUGCGGUGUCAUCCCCUUGUCAUGCACGAGCGCUGUGACAAGGCCAGCGAGCGACUGAGCAAGUAUGGGGAUACCAUUCGCCACGAAAUACAAUCGAGUCUCGUGUACCCGUGGACACAUCUGGCGUCUCUACGACCAGAUAAGUUCUUCUCUGACAUCAUUGAGAGCCUCAUUAGGGCCAUCUAUGUCGACUCUAAGGGGUCAUUAGAUGAGUGCAUCAGCUUUCUUGAGAGAAUUGGCAUCAUGGCGUACUUGAGACGACUAACGGACGAAGAUGUGGACGUUGUGCAUCCGCGCACUAGGUUGGACUGGAAAACGGGCUCAAGCACUCUUGACUACGAAAUGAAGAAGUCCCGGAAGGAUGGGAAGUUCUCGUGUUCCAUCAAGCUCGAUGACACAGUAUUUGUCCAGGUCGAUGGGUAUGAGUCUUCUGAUGAAGCAAUCGUCUUCGCCGCAAAGACGGCAUUGCUAAAGCUCCAGAACACCGAACUGCGAUAG